ACAACACAAGUAAAUUUAGGUUUGAACCUACGUCUGAACAGUUUAUUAAAUAUUGCAUCAUAGUGAAUUAAAGUAAGUAAUUUCAAUAAAUGAUAAAUUGAUUUUUAUUCAUUUUGACCAAUUUUUCAUAUAGAGUUGCUAUGGCAAGAUUUAGUGAUUAUUGUGACGUAUUGGAGAAAAGUAAAAACAGCAAUAAACAAGAAUUAUUGCAGUUGGCAAAACAAAUUCAAGAGAAGAUUGCGUUAAUUGAACAACAGAAGAAGAUAGAAUUGGAAAAUUUAAAUAAUACAAUUAUGUCUAUUAUACAAACGAUUCUUUUGCAUACGAAUUUGUUUGACGACGACGAUGACGACGAAGAAGAAGAAGAAGAAGACGAUGAUGAGGAGGAAGGUGAAGACGAUUAUGAAUAUUAUUACAAUGACGAAGAAGGUAAUGAUAAUGAUCAUGAUCAUGAUGACGACGACGACGACGACGAUGAUGAUGAUGAUGAUGGGAACUUUUCUCUAUAA